AUGGAAGACCUUUGGCCUUCUAUCUCCGCAACCGCGGUGGCAGACCAUAAGCAGAAGCAAUUCCACAAUUUUUUGGCCAACGCAAAGGCCAAGAAGAGACCACCUCUCUUCUCUUCUUACCACCACCAUCCCCCCUCCCACAAAUGGUAUAUCACAUUCGAUCUCACCUUCUCGCCCUCCAUCAUGCUCUUCGAGCACAUGUCUGGCGUUUUGCCUGCCCCUGCACCAUCUGGUGCAACUGCCUCGGCUGAGGUGGAAGUCUGCGAGGACGUCGUCUCGCUUCCCCUGCCAUCUCCGAGGACUGUCUCGCCCAUGGCUGUCUCCCCGGCAGCCCCCAUCCCUCCUUCGCUGCCUAUGGCAGUGAUACCAGCUGGCGUGGACUCCACACUGACUAUCUUGUUGCAGACCACCAAGUCCAUCCAGGGAGGUGCUCUUGUGCCUUCCUCCAGUGUCGUCCAUACAGAUGAUAAUCCAUUUGGCGCUUCGGCGCCCCUUCCUGCAGUCGGUCCAAUGGAUGACACCCCAACUGCCCUGGUUGUUCUCUCAAACAACCUCCCACCCAGCGAUGCCAUUCCCUUGAACAGCACAGAUCAUACUGCCAUUGUUCUGUCAAACAACCCCCCAUUCUCUCACACUGGAUGGGGCAAACCGUCUGGCACCCUGCUCGUUGGUUGGGGUACUUCGUCCGGAAGGGACUCCUCUGCUGGCUGGGUUGACCCUGCCGACCCACCGAAGUGA